CUUCCAGUCCUGUUCGGAACCGGACUCUUGGAGUUGGACGACGUCAACAGGACAGAGGAGACUGUUCCAGCCCUCAGAGGAGCUGAGCAGAGGCGGUGCGCAGCUCUCAACCCGACCAGACCCCAAAAUAAAGUCGGGAGGUUAAAAUCUUUUACGCAUUUUGGACAUGUUUCCGCGCGUCAGGGCGCACUGAGGGACGUUUUAUUUGGGCUUCAGGACAGCAGCAGCUGCUGAAGAAGAGGAGUAAGAUGUUGGCCAGGAAAAGCAUCAUCCCGGAGGAGUUCGGUCUCCCGGGUCUCGCGUCUCGGAUGCCCCGCAAGCCGGUGUUCAGGGACCGGGUGAACAAAGCCCGCUUCAUCGCCAAAAACGGCUCCUGCAACUUGGCGCACAAGAACAUCCGCGAGCAGGGCCGCUUCCUGCAGGACGUCUUCACCACGCUGGUGGACCUGAAAUGGCGCUUCACGCUUGUCAUCUUCACCACGACCUUCGUGAGCAGCUGGCUGCUGUUCGCCAUGAGCUGGUGGCUGGUGGCCUUUGCGCACGGAGACAUGGACCCGGAGCGGCAAAACGAGACCCACUGCGUCACCGACGUCAAGUCGUUUAUUUCAGCCUUCCUGUUCUCCAUCGAGGUUCAGGUGACCAUCGGCUUUGGAGGACGCAUGAUUACAGAGCACUGUCCGGCUGCCAUUACUGUCCUCAUCUUGCAGAACAUAGUGGGACUCAUCAUUAACGCCGUCAUGCUCGGUUGUAUCUUUAUGAAGACAGCCCAGUCCAACCGCCGAGCAGAGACGUUAAUCUUCAGCCGUCACGCCGUUAUUGCCGUGAGGAGCAACCGUCUGUGCUUCAUGAUUCGCAUUGGAGAUCUGAGGAAGAGCAUGAUUAUAGGAGCAACUGUCAGAUUACAGGUGGUGAGAAAGACCACCACACCAGAGGGGGAGAUGAUCCCCAUCCAUCAGAUCGAUGUACAGACUGAGAGCGCCGUGGCCAGCAACAGUCUGUUCCUCCUCGCCCCGCUCAUCAUCUGCCACGUCAUCGACAAAAACAGCCCGCUGUACGACCUGUCAGCCAUGGAGCUCCAGUGCAGUGACUUGGAGGUGAUCGUCAUCCUGGAGGGAGUUGUGGAGACAACAGGCAUCACCACGCAGGCCCGGACCUCCUACGUCUCUGAGGAGAUCCAGUGGGGUCACCGGUUUGUUCCCAUCGUUACAGAGGAAGAAGGCGUGUACUCUGUGGACUACUCCAAAUUUGGCAACACGGUUAAAGUGACUACGCCAAGCUGCAGCGCUCGGGAGCUGGACGAGAAGCCGUACAUCCUGAUCCAAACCCUUCAGAAGAGCGAGCUGUCGCACCAGAACUCACUGAGGAAGCGCAACUCCAUGAGACGCAACAACUCCAUGAGGAAAGGCGGUGGGAGCAGCGGGAGCUUGCGCAGGAACAACUCUGGGCUUGCUUCGCCUAAAGUCCAGUUCUUCACCCCAACUGACGGGGGCCAGAACCUGAACGCCGUCACCUGACAUGAGGCCUUCCUCUUGCGGGCUGCUCUGUUCCUGCUGUUAGGGACGAAGACUGUAGGUGCAUCUGUUUCUCUGAUGGGAUUCCUUCUUCUGUUCCUGGCUUUAUCUCAACUAGUGUCUCAGUGCUUUUAUUGUUAUUAUUAGUAUUAUUAUCUUCAUUAGCAGACGGUUGCACAUUUCCAAGCACUGACACAAACACUUAGACGUUUUGGUAGACACCUUUAUGGGAUGUUUUCUCAGAACAACAUCAUGCAGCACUUUAUGUUCUAACAAUAUUAAUUGACACAACCAUGCUUUAGUAAAACAAGUCAGAUGUGAAGGUUUUGUUUUUAUCAUACUUUAACAGUAUCUAAUUAUAAUGAGCCAAUCACUAAUGUUAUGUGUUUUUGUGUUAUUUGACAAUAAAUGCACCAACUUGUUAAGAACAUG